AUGCACAAGGUCAGCCCGCUGUCGACCGGAACCAGCAUGAACCAGCAUCAGAGUGACCUAGUGACCUCAGUGACCGUAUCGAAAGGAACCGCCCCGGCAAACGGGACGAAAGCGCACACAGCCGCGGCCCCGAACGGUGCCGCCACGCUCAACAACAACAAUCUAACCAGCAAGAACAAAAACCCAUCCUCCCAGACGGCCGGCACCGACGGUGUGCUUCAUAUGACCAACGUGAGCGUGCCGCCGAAACUGCUCGUCCCGAAUGGGAAGAGUCAAGCACCGGCCGUACCGUCGGCACCGGAUGCCCGUGCCAAACAGGUGCUGAAAGAGGCUGUCGAUGCGGUUGUAAAUAGCUUCGCCAAACACACGCAAGGAUACGGCAGAGUGAACGUCGUAGAAGCGCUGCAGGAGUUUUGGCAAAUGAAGGCAGCACGAGGAGCGGAUCUGAAGAAUGGUGCCCUUGUGAUAUACGAAUCCAUACCGUCAACUAGCCAGCCGUACGUCUGCUACGUAACCCUACCCGGGGGAAGCUGUUUCGGCAGUUUUCAGAACUGUCCCACGAAAGCAGAGGCUCGGCGAAGCUCGGCGAAGAUAGCUUUAAUGAAUUCGGUAUUCAACGAACACCCGUCGCGGCGCAUUAGCGAUGACUUCAUCGAAAAAGCCGUCACUGAAGCACGUGCCUCCUUCAAGGGUGAUCAAAACCAGGAGGACGAUGGCCCGGACACCGGCAUAGGAGCGUUCAGAUUCAUGCUGGAAACCAACAAGGGCCGCACCAUGCUCGAGUUCCAGGAGCUGAUGACCGUGUUCCAGCUGCUGCACUGGAACGGCUCGCUGAAAGCCAUGCGCGAGAGGCAGUGCUCGCGACAGGAGGUGGUCGCCCACUACUCCAACCGAUCUCUGGACGACGAGAUGCGUCAGCAGAUGGCCCUCGACUGGAUUGAGCGGGAGCACGAGAAUCCGGGUCUGCUUAGCCGGGAGCUUGCUAUAGCCGAGAGAGAACUAGAGACUGCCCGUUUGGCGGGGCGGGAGCUGCGGUUCCCGAAGGAAAAGAAGGACAUCCUCCAGAUGGCGCACAACCAGCUCACCGGGGGCAGCAACAUCAACAGUUGA